CCCCAACCGGCGGAUUCCUGCGCCAAGCCAGUUCCCUAGGAGUUGCCAUGGCAACGGACGCCGAUUCUGGCCUCGCGCUUCUUCGAGAUUGAAUCUCCGCGGAGGCGGUGCGCGGCGCAGCCGCCAGCCCCCCACGGCUCCUAUGGAGAACUGGCGCUACACGCUCGAAAGCGAGGAGUACCGGAAGAGCCUCGAGAACGGCGAGUCUGUCACUGAACAAUUCCAGACCCGCUCCAGACUUAAAAUAUCAGACGAUUUGAAAGUUGGCUUUUUCAGCACAGACCAUGCUACUCAAACGGAUUCCAAUGAAAUUAUGCCAUUAAAAGAGUUAAGCUCAUCUACACAAGAGCUAAUGCAGAUUAUUAAAUCCCUUCAGGUAGAUUUUGGGUUCCUGAAACAAUUGCUUCAAUUGAAGUUUGAGGACCGUCUUAAAGAGGAGUCUUUCAAUCUCUUUACUGCUCUACACGACAGGAUCGUAAUGAUAGAAAAACAUUAUCAACAGAAUGAGGAUCACAUAAGAAAAUGCUACAAUCAGCAGUUGGCAGAUGCCAUAGCUAUUAUCAGAGGAAUGUACAGGGCAUUCUUUGAGGUGGAAGAAGAGGUGGUUUCUAUGCAUGACUCAGCUGCUGCCAAAAUAACUAUUUUGUUUAAAAAACUAAAGGACAAGGAGGAAUUGAUUAAGGAAUUAAAAGAAGAAUUAGAAAAACAUGAAGAGUUUCGAUUUCAAAAAUCUGACUCUUUGGCCAUAGCAAGCAGCUUUGCAAAAUCAGCUCCAGAAAAGGAAAAUUUAGAUUUCAAAGUGGAAAAUGAGAGAUUGCUUCAAGUCAUUUCAGCACUCGAAGAAGAAAUCCAACUCAAUCUACAAGAAAAUUCAGCAUUAGAAGAUGAAAUUAUAAGUCUGAGAGAGAAGGCAGACAAGGAUAAUAGAACCAUUCUAAAGUUAGCUGAUGGUAGAGACAAAUUAAGGCUUGAGCUUGAUGCUGAAAAAUUAUUAGUUCAAGAAAUGAUUAAUAAACAUAAAGAAGAAAUGGAAAUGAGAAAAAAGUUAGAGAGCAUAAAUGUCAAGAGCGCAAGAUCACCCGAAGGAAAAAAGGCAAUGGCUUUAUUGCCAUGGUCCUCACAACCCAAGAUUUUAUCCAGGAGAGGAACCAUUUCGAGGCUACGUUCUGCCUCCAUCAGUUCAGCGCAUGUUAAGACCAAAAGAGUUAAGACUCCAACAAAAUCUUUAAAGCAAGAGCAACCUGUGGUUAGACCUGAAAUACUUUUUGAGACACAUGAAGAAAAGAUGGUGAAAAUAGAAGAGGUUAAGGCUGAAGAAAAACGUGUUUUGGAGAAGCGAAUAGAAAUGUUAAAGGCUAGUUUAGAGAAUGAGAAAAAAAAGGCAGAAAGGUAUAAAAGGGCGUCAGAACGGAUAAGCAAAAUCUGGGAAAAGAAAUUCUUUACUCUCAGGAACAGCUUUCAUGCCCUUAAGAAUGAGAUGUUUACCAGGCAUACAUUGUUUCGUCAGUUUGCAGUGCUUGCUGAUACAUCCUUCAAUUAUGUUAAACUAAAACCUGUAUUUGUGCACUCUAAAAUGAACUUCAUGAUGGAUUCUGCUGCAUCUACUGGAAGUGAUACUCAUGCUUCUUUGGUACCAAGCAAGUACUUGGACAUAGGCAGUGAUCAGAAAUCCUUUCUGCCUUCAUUAAAAGAUAAGAAUAUUUGAUGUUGGAAAAGAGGUUCAAACACGGAAUGAAUGGGUACUUAGUCUAGAAUAACAUUGCUUUACUUCGUUAUCCCAGAGUGUUUGGUAUUCUGAAAGAAUCUAUGACUUUUUUCUGACAAUUUAUAAAAUUGAUACACAGAUGUGCCAAAUAAAAGAAUGUUGAUA